AUGAAGCGCUCAUCAACCGUUCUGGCGUCUCUUGCAGCACUGACGACAAGCCAUAUCAUCCCUCGUCAAGAAUCCAUCGACUACAAUGCAGCUCCGCCAAAUCUGUCCAUCUUAGCCAAUUCGACUCUCUUCGACACAUGGCGGCCAAAAGCACACGUUCUUCCAGCGUUUGGACAAAUCGGAGAUCCAUGUAUGCACUACACCGAUCCCGAAACUGGUCUCUUCCACGUAGGAUACCUACAUUUGGGAGCAUCGGGUGCUACUACAGACAACCUAGUCACUUACAGGGACGUGAACCCCGAUUCGGAGCCAUUCAUCCGUGCAGGCGGCAUCAAUGACCCCGUCGCUGUCUUUGACGGCAGUGUUAUUGAGAGAGGAGUUAAUGGCACACCAACGUUGCUAUACACCAGCGUCAGCUUUCUACCCAUACAAUGGACAAUUCGGUACACCCAAGGGAGCGAGACGCAAUCGCUCGCGUUCGCUAGAGACGGUGGAAGCAACUUCACAAAAGCAGAAUUUGGACCGGUUAUCCCCAGCCCACCAUUCGCUGUCAACGUCACGGGAUUCCGCGAUCCAUUCGUGUUUCAGAACUCGCAGGUUGAUGGCUUGUUGGGUAAGCGGAACGGAACAUGGUAUACAGUCAUUUCUGGCGGCGUACAUGGCAAAGGCCCAAGUCUCUUCUUGUACGCCCAAUAUGAUGAUGAAGAUGCGGAUUUGUUCCAGACGUGGGAGUAUUUGGGUGAAUGGUGGCACGAAGCAGCAAACUCGACAUGGUCAGAGACGGGCUGGGCUGGGCGCUGGGGCUUCAACUUUGAAGUCGCCAACUACUUCGCCCUGGACGAGCAAGGUGCUAAUGAGGAAGGCGAGAUCUUCGCCACAAUCGGCGCGGAAUGGAGCUACGAACCCAUUGUACCUCAAGUUUCGGACAACAGGGAUAUGCUUUGGGUCGCUGGAAAGCAAGAGCUUGUCGACGGUCAACUGAAGUUCGAGCCUACAAUGUCCGGACGACUCGAUGCUGGGCGCUCAGCUUACGCAGCGGCUGGUAAAGUCUUAUAUGCGGACUCGCAAGCUAGCAAAGCAAGUGGUGCGCCUGAUCGCUUCAUCACAUAUCUCUGGUUGACUGGCGACUUCUAUGGCACCUUGACUGACGAAUUCCCGACUGCCCAGCAAAACUGGACAGGAUCACUAUUACUCCCACGUGAGCUUAGCGUCGGCCGCUUGAAUGUCGUCGACAACCAGCUCUCCCGAGAGAAAGGUUCGUGGCGCGUAGAUCACGAACACGACAACGGCACCGUUACCCUCGCCACUCUACACCAAAAGAUCGCUCGUGAACCCUACGCCGCAUUCCAAGACAACGCCACCAAUGUCAUUACGCAAACGGGUGGAUCCAUGGCGAGCGUGACGAAAUUCGAUGAAAGCCCAAAGUCAAAGCACUGGAUGAUGACUGCAUCGAUAACCUUCCCCUCGCGCUCUGACUCCCUGCGAGCUGGCUUCACCAUCCUUUCUGGUUCCCAGGAAUCUACCAAUAUCUACUACCAGUUCGGUAAUGAGAGUCUUAUCAUCGAUCGUUCAAACUCUUCUGCCGCGGCGCAGACUACGGAUGGUUUCCUCACCGAGGUUGAGACGGGUAAGUUUCGCUUGUUCGAUGUUGCGGGUGGAUAUGGAAAUGAGACAAUGGUUGAGACUUUGGAAUUAACGAUUGUGGUCGACGGUGGUGUUGUUGAGGUGCAUGCGAACGAUCGAUUUGCGAUCAGUACUUGGGUGAGGAGCUGGUAUGCGGAUAGCAGAGACAUUAGUUUCUACGUCGAGGGUGGCGAUGCUACCUUCAGCAAUGUGACGAUUUACGAGGGAUUGGUUGAUGCAUGGCCGGAGCGAAACUAG